AAUAUCAAUAUGAGCUCAAUGCCCUUUGUGACCCUCCAGGGGUCUUGUCUCAUGGCUGAGGAGACUUGCCUUGUGUUACUUUCACAUCACAAACAUCACCUCAGAGCAGUUCUGUUUGAUACAUCUGAAAUGGCUGGAUUUAAGGGACAUGGUAAACUGAGGUUCUUAUACCUAGGUGAUAACAGGAUUUCUCAGAUUACAGAGAACAGUUUCUUUGCCCUACACAGCUUGGAAACACUUUAAUAUAACCCAGUCAUAAACAUCAGCAUUCAUCCACCUCACCUCCCUAAAUAACAUAUAGAUAUAUUUAGAUAUAUAUUUAGACUUUCCUCCUCCUCCUAGUGAGUCACAGACAAGUUGAAAUCUGACCCAUCUAUUUGGUGUCUUCCCUUACUCUCAACAUCACCAUGGACAGCACCCCAAAACAAGACUUUGUCCUUCAGCUCACUACUCCAUCUAAUGUGAUCUUCAAGACUGCUGGAGACAAUUAUUCCAGUCAGUUGUCUACCUCAAGGCCACGACAGAUAUCUCCUGUGUGGGUCUCACUUUGCUGCAAAGUACUUCACCUCUCUGCAAGAGUUUGAGUUCCAGUUUGAGUUCCAGUUGGUUUUCUCACCAGAGUUUGUGGACAUGAGUGACCUGAACAGGCUUGUGCAGCUAAGGUGUCUGACACUGAUGAAAGUGGACCUCAUCGUUCAGCCAGCUCUGGGUAUCAUGUUCCACAAUCUAUCCAGACUGGAGAGCCUGAAUCUUAUCGAAUGUAGAAUCCUCACUCUGGAGGAGGAGCUGAGCAGAGACCUGCAGUCCCUCAGUGUGAUUAAAUGUCCUGCUAUAGAGGAGUUCAGCAUGUUGGACAGCUUUCCAGAGCCCCUCACCUUCCUGAGGUUUAUGGAGUUCUCUGGUCCUCACCUGCACUGCAGCUGUGAUAAUGCCUGGCUGGACAACUGGGCCAGGAGACAGCAACAUGUCCAGGUCAUAUUUUGGCUUGAGGGAGAGCUGGAGAUGACAUGCAAAAAUGAAAAUGGUAUCCAGAACCUCCGCAGGUACUCGGAGGCCCACUGUUCCCUGGAUGUGCGUUUUGUCCUGUUUAUCUGCACCUCCCUGGACCUGCUCCUCUCCAUACUGGUGGUGCUGCCCCAUCAGCUGGCUGGGGACCACCUGCUGGCCUUCUGCCACAUUGCACAUAGUUGACUAGAAGAGGUGGUGCAGAGGCCCAACCCCAGAGGGCGCUACCACUAUGAUGCCUUUGUGUCAUACAGUGGUAGAGACGAGCGCUGGGUGAUGGAGCAGCUGCUGCGGCCUCCCUUCCUGUGUCUCUGUCUGCACAGUAGGGACUUCCAGCUGGGGAAGGAAAUCAUGGAUAACAGCACAGACGGCCUCUACGGCAGCCGCCACGCUCAGGGUCUGGUGAGUCGUCACUACCUGCGCGGUAACUGGUGCUCCUUGGAGCUGCGACUGGACACCUGGCAUCUGCUGGUGGAGCACACAGACAUCCUUAUCCUGGUCUUCCUGGAGGACAUACCCCCUAGGCAGCUGUCUGGCCACCACCGCCUGGCCAGGCUGGUCAAGACCAGGACCUACCUGGACUGGCCCCAGGACCCGGCUCUGCAGCCAGCCUUCUGGGACUGCCUGUGGACCAAAUUGGCCCCUCCUGAACCACUCCCUGCACAGUAACACAACACAUUACUAAUUAAUUACAAAUAAAAAGGUGAAAUGUCUAGAAUCAAUAAGUAAUCAACCCAUUUGUUAUGGCAAGCCUCGCUUUGUGUGAAAUAAUAGUGUUUAAGAUGU